AUGCUUGUGUGGCUACUAACAGAACUUAUACUGCUCCUGCUAAAGCAUCGCGAGUUUCUACUUGCAUGGGAAACGCUAUCAAACAGAUCAUCAUUUUUUGUUUCCCCUCCCUAUGAAAAUGUAAUACAUUUCUCAGUUGCUGACUUGAAAGCGUUUAUUACACUGCUUAUGUUAAAUGGUCAUCUUGAAUCUGAAUGUUCGAGAAAGAUGGUAGAUUGUCCAUUUCAGGAUGUUGGAUGUAAAACACUAGUAAGAAAAGAUGACAUUAGUAGUCACAAUCUAACAACCGUCGGUGAGCAUUCUGUAUUGCUAUUAAAUCAAACGAAAGAACUGUCUGAUGUGAUACAAAAUAUGGAAUGCAAACGUGGCGAGGUAUAUCGCAUAAAAGAACAGGUGGUAGAACAUCGAACCAAGUUAAGUGAGCUCCGAACAGAAAUACAGAGACUAUGCACACACAUGUGUCACACUGGGGAUCAACCCUCUGUUCUGUCUCAGAAGCAAAACAAACAAGUGCAUGACACUGUAGAGCAACAAACAAAAACACUAUCUUCUUUUCAGGAGAAAUUGAAAUCACUUGAAACUAACAUUCAUACAUAUGAAGGGGUCAUAACUGUGUUGAACAAUCAAAUAGAACAAGAUGCGAGAACUAUGCACACCAUGCAAACUCAAGCAAUACAACACGUAGAUCGCAUACAGGCAUUGGAACGUAAAGUCAGUGCGCAAGACCAACUUUUGAAAGAAUUGGCACUAGCAAAACAAGAUAAUACAAUGUCAGAGAUGGCAUCUCAUGAUGGUGAGUUGGUUUGGAAAAUUACCAAUUUUCUCAAAAAACGCAAUGAUGCUGUAUCGCGUAAAACUGUGUCAAUUUACUCCCCAUGUUUCUACACUAGUCGCCAUGGUUACAAAAUGUGUGCCCGUAUUUACCUCAAUGGUGAUGGAAUGGGAAAAGGCAAUCAUGUGUCUUUGUUCUUUGUCAUCAUGAAAGGUCAAUUUGAUGCUCUUCUGAGAUGGCCAUUUCGUCAGAAAGUUACCUUAAUGUGGUUGGAUCAAAACAACAGAGAGCAUGUUAUUGAUGCAUUUCGACCUGAUCCAACGUCCAGUUCUUUCAAACGACCAGAGCAGGACAUGAAUGUGGCUAGUGGAUGUCCACUAUUUAUGCCCUUAACGGAACUAAAUAGUUCUCGUCACGCAUAUGUCAAAGAUGAUGUAGCUUUUAUAAAAAUCAUAGUUGAUACAACUGAUAUAACCUAA